ACCGCUAUUUGUCUUUCGGAAGUCGUUUAAGUACUAUAGCACGAAAAAAUGAUUGAUAAGUUUGCGAAAAUAUACGUGGUACAUUAUUAGUACAAUGCAAUUAUUAGUUUUCUUCUGAUUUAGUAUAGUUUUUUUAAUAGAUUAGGCAUAAUGACCAUUAUUCUUACUUUAGUUGUAAAUAUAAUGUUAUCCUUUUUGGGAUUUGUGAUAACUUUUCAUUUUCUGCCAAAACUUAAGAAUAUGUUCUUGAAAGCUAAUCUUUUUGGCAUAGAUUUAGGCAAACAGACUACUGAAAAAAUACCAGAAGCGAUGGGUGUUGUAUGUGGAUCUGUGUUUCUUACUGUUAUGUUUCUCUUCAUUCCAAUUCCAUUCAUACAAUACUGGACUGUAAAUACUAAAGUUCCAUUUCCUCAUCAUCAGUUUGUUGAACUGGUUGCUGCUCUAUUAUCUAUUUGCUGCAUGCUUCUCUUGGGCUUUGCUGAUGAUGUCUUGGACUUGAAAUGGCGUUACAAAUUGCUACUUCCUACGAUGGCUUCACUACCUUUACUUAUGGUUUACUAUGUCACUUACAAUGGCACCACUGUAAUAAUACCAAAGCCAUUCAGGGUAUUUUUUGGUAACGAUGUUUGGUUAGGUCCUUUGUAUUAUGUGUAUAUGGGCAUGCUUGCUGUUUUUUGUACUAAUGCCAUCAAUAUAUUUGCUGGUGUCAAUGGACUCGAAGUGGGACAAGCUGUUGUAAUUGGUUUUUCAAUUAUGAUCUUCAACUUCAUAGAGCUUUCUGGAGACUGUUGGAAAGCUCAUCUCUUUUCUUUAUACUUUAUGCUUCCAUUUCUUUUCAUAACAUUAGCAUUACUUUACUACAACUGGUAUCCAGCUUCUGUUUUUGUGGGAGAUACUUUCUGCUAUUUUGCUGGGAUGACAUUUGCAGUCGUAGGCAUUUUAGGGCAUUUUAGCAAAACCAUGCUACUGUUCUUCAUUCCCCAGAUUAUUAAUUUUCUAUUUUCCUGCCCACAAUUAUUUCAUUUUGUGCCAUGUCCUCGUCACAGGCUGCCUAGGCACAAUAAAGAAACUGACUUAAUGGAAACUAGUUCUGUGAUAUUUAAACCAAAGUCUCUGUCCUUCCUGGGAAAACUGUGUUUAUCCAUUGCCAGAAAUUUUCAUCUUGUGAAUUAUAAUGAAAAAAUUCAAGGUGAUGAAGUCAUUGCUGAGUGUACCAAUUUUACUCUUAUUAAUUUCACCUUGAAAGUUGCUGGUCCAACCUAUGAAAAAGUUCUUACAAAAUAUUUGCUUACAAUUCAGGCGAAUGGACUUAUCGAUGAAUUCCACCGUCCUUUGAAAGCUGCCGUAAAAGCUUAUGAUACCAGUAACUGGGUAUCGGCUCUUCCAACGCUUCUGAUGGGUUUCCGCUCCGCUCUCAAAGAGGACAUAGGAGCAACCACUUCUGAACUUGUGUAUGGAAAGACGAUUCGUCUUCCAGAAGAAUUUUUCAAUUCGACACCUGUGGACGCGUCCCCCAAACAGUUUGUGGAGGAUAUAAAAUCCCAUUUUGCCAGUGUCCGCCGGACUACGACUUCUAGCCACGGUCAGCGAACCUGUUUCAUUCAUCCACGGCUUCACGAAUCCACGCAUGUGUUUGUUCGACACGACGGAGUUCGAAAACCACUGCAAGCUCUCUAUGAUGGACCAUUUAAAGUGCUAGAAAGACGAGAUAAAACGUUUGAUCUCGAAAUAAAAGGGACAAAGCAAACAAUCGCCAUAGAUAGAUUGAAACCUGCUUUUGUAACCAUGGGCUCUUCACAAGUUGUUCCAAAGAGUAUCGGUAUCAAUAUCAGUAGCGGGCACAGCCCGACCCGCCUAACCAAACAAGUGCCAGGGCACGUAGGAAUUCUAGGAAAUGAAAGUCCUGACGUGGUGGCUAAAGAAGCUCCCAAUAGUGCAUCUAUACUUGAGUGUCCUACAAUCCUUCCAAUCUCGCUGCUAAAGCAUUUUACCUGCAAACUUCUCAUAAGACAGUGGCAAGCCAAGUGGAAUGAUGCCACAACAGGUCGACGUACACAUGCAAUGCUCCCAAGUGUAAGCAUGGAUCUGCAGAGCAAAACUGCCAGUAUUUCACAUUUCCUAACAGGAGAUGGACCUUACAAAGCAUGUCUGCAUAGGUUUGGUCUUUCCAACGCAGGCAUCUGCGACUGUUCAAAAGUGGGCAGCUCAGACCACUAUUACUUUUACUGUUGCUUGAUGGCGAAGUUCCAUAUAAAAAAGCCAGCACCCAUGUUUCGAGCAGCAUGGUGGAAAAAUACUCAAAAUAACAAUGUUGUCCAAUCGAAACUACAUGCUAUCACUACACAUUGCGCUGCAAAAACGCAGUAA